AUAAGUCAACAAAAAAGUGUCCUGACCUCUAUACUAGCAGAAUAUUGUUACCUGCUAUAAAAUUGAAAAGAACCUUAAAUUAAAUAAAAAUUCUUGUGCUUGCUGAUGAAUUUUUGGUGAAAAUCACUUGACCCUCACUUUGUAGAAUAAAGUUUAACUCUUUAUUCUUCAGCCAUGCCGAAAGUACUGUCAUAUACUAUUAACGACGGUGUUGCUGUCGUCACUGUCGAUACCCCAAAUUCUAAGGUACAAAAUGUUUGUUAUUUAAUAUAUGAACAUACGAGUAACUUUUGAUUUAGCAAAUCGUUUGUUGUUUUUGGUUAAAUGUGAAUUUAUUUAUGGUUGAUUGUUUCUCAGGUUAAUACACUUUCCAUAGACAACGCAGAUGAAUUUAAAGAAGUUCUAAAUAUUUUGAAAAAUAACGAUGAUGUAAAAGCGACUGUACUUAUAUCAGGAAAGCCUGAUUGCUUUUUUGCAGGAGCAGAUAUUAAGUAAGUUAAUACACUUAAUCAUUCGAAACAUCUAAGUAUUAAAAAAAAAGGUAGUGUCCAUAUCCUAUGUAGUAUAAUAUUAAUAAAUUAGCUCAUUCGACAGAGGUAUGUUCAUAUAUACACAGUAUAUGUACAGAAUAUAAGAAAAAAUACUGCUAUUAUUAUGUUAAUACUUAUCUUUUUGACCAUUUUACAAAUGAGAUCUGAUUAUCGCUAGCCAGAUUGUGGUAGGCUUGUUUAUUUUUGUCUAUUUCGAUGUUCCAAUUGUUAUCAGUUCUACUCUACACAGAGGGUGAAGAGUUGCUUUACAGAGAUAUCUUACUUAAUAAUCAAUCAUUCAAUCAAAGUUCAAAUAGAGUAUUACCAAAAUGCAUCAAAGGUUAGGAGUAGUAAAGUUGCAGAACUUAAUAAACUGGUAAAAGUUCAACGAGAGUAGAUGGGGGGCUAAGAGUAGAUAAUUGGAAAUUUAAGAAUUGCCGGAUAACAUGAAAUCAUCAUUUGACUAAUAAUGUAUUAUAGUAUGCUAGAAUCAUGUAAGACUGCUGAAGAAAUACAACAUUUGUCAAGAAUAUGUAAAGGAACUUUUAAUGAAAUAGCUGAAAGUAAAAAACCAAUUGUAGCAGCUAUAAUGGGUCAAUGCUUAGGUGCCGGACUUGAGACAGCCUUAGCCUGUCAUUAUCGAAUAGCUGUCAGGGACAAAAAAACUGUUUUAGCUGUACCGGAAGUGAUGAUUGGUCUCCUGCCUGGAGCUGGUGGAACGCAAAGACUUUUGCGCUUAGUAAAAGAGAAAAUUAAAAUUAUAUACUUUAAAUACCUAUCUAAAAAAAUUUUUACAUUCUCUAAAGCUAUCUCUUCCUGAUGCAUUUGACAUGAUGCUAACGGGAAAGAAUAUACGCCCUGAUAAAGCUAAGACAAUCGGUCUAGUACACAUGCUUAUUGACCCGAAAGGAGCUUCAGAUUCAAAAGAAUCGAAAGAAGCUACAAGAAAACAUUUGGAACAAGUUGCAAUUGAAACAGCCAAGGGCUUAGUAGACGGUUCAAUUCAAGCAUUACCAAGGAGAAAGGGAUGGGUAGAAACCAUUACUGAAUACAUAAUGUGGUUUAAUUUGGGUAGAUAUUUCUUUAUGACACAAGCUCGAAAUAGGGUAAUGAAUAUGACGCAAGGCCACUAUCCUGCACCAUUAAGAAUAUUAGAUGUUGUUGAGGAAACACUAAAGAGUGGUUAUGAACGAGGAAACCAGUUAGAAACCAGAUAUUUUGGAGAAUUAGGUGUAACAAAAGAAUCAAAAGCUCUUAUUGGUUUGUUUCAUGGGCAGACGCACUGCAAAAAGAAUCACUAUGGUUCCCCUAGUCCUAUUAAAAAAGUUGGUAUACUGGGAACUAAUUCUAUUGGUGCUGGUAUUGCAGAAAUAACCAUUUUUAAAGGUUAUCCUCUUUCACUGUAUGAUAAAUCAAAGGAAAAUUUAGAACAAGGUUUAAUAUAUAUAAAGAACAAUCUCAAGCAACGAGUUUUAAGGAAACAAAUAAGCGAUAAUGAAAAAGACAAAUUGGUAUCUAAAUUGGAGACUGGCACGGAAUUGGAAAGCAUAUCAAAUGUUGAUUUUGUUAUUGAAGCUUCAACUGAGAAUUUUGAUAAAAAAUGCAAACUUUUACUUGAAAUUGAGUCUAUAGUAAAGCCGUCUUGUGUCAUAGCUGUCCAAACAUUAUUUAAUCCCAUCGAAAAAGUAGCAAAAAGUGCAAAGCGACUCGAUAAGAUAAUUGGUAUGCACUAUUUCUCACCACUGGCAAAGUCACAGCUAUUAGAAAUUGUUUCAUCCAAGAGUGCAACCAAAGAAACCAUAGCAACUGCAGUGGAUUUAGGUUUAAAGCAGGGGAAAAUUGUGAUUGUUGUUGGCGAUGGACCUUGCUUUUAUACAACUAGAAUUUUAUGCAUUCUCGUAGAUGAAUUAGUAAGUAUAUUAAGAGAAGGAAUAAAACCAAAACAAUUAGAGGAUAUGACAAAAAAAAUAGGUUGGCCUAUGGGAUUAUGCUCGGUUGUUGAUGAAUUUGGCAUUGAUAAUAUUUAUGAGGCCUCAAAGGUUCUCUGUAGUCAUUAUGACGAAAAUCUUUUGUCAAAAAACCUCAUUAUCCUAGAACAAUUGGUUAAGAAGGGAAUGCUUGGUAAAAAAAUUGGCUUAGGCUUGUUUGAAUAUGAUCCUACAAGAAAAUUAAGUAUAGACAAUCCUGCUGCCAUUAAAAUAAUAGACGAUAAUAAAAUUUCACCUAAGGAAAGUUUGACUACUCAAAACAUACAAUGGCGUUUAGUGUCUAGAAUAAUUAAUGAAGCAGUUUUAUGUCUGGAAGAAGGAACUCUAAAAUCCCCUUUGGACGGUGACAUAGGUGCAGUAUUUGGUCUAGGCUUUCCACCAUUCUUAGGAGGACCCUUCCGUUAUUUAGACAUACACGGAGCUGAACAAUUAGUAAAGAGAAUGGAAAACUUUCGAAAAGUUUAUGGAGACGCUUUCAAGCCUUGUAAAUUACUUAUUGAACAUUCAAAAGAUUCAAAAAAACUGUUUCGUUCCUAAUUUGAAUAAUUAAUGAAUGAAAAGAAAUAAAAAACCUCUCCAAUCAAAGAAAAUAUAGGAGUUUUUAAAGACCCUAUUUAUUUUACUCGAUAUAUUAACGUCUAGUUGUUUGAUGAUAAAAUUCAAUUUAUUCCUUAGAGCUUUCAAAUGAUUGACGUCUCUUUAUCCUGGGAGUUGAUAGUUUUUGAUCUAUCUUUAGAUGACGAUUUUUUUAAAGUAGUUGUCGCACGAUUAUUUCCAAAGGAUAUUCAACCAACUGGCUUAUAGAAUCUAUGAAUUUUAUCCUAAAUUACACAUUUAUCUUAAUGAUAAUAAAGCUUUCAUAAAUAUAUUUAGUAGUUCUCCACUCAAAGCAGUUCAAUUCCUUAUUGUUUAAC